AGAAGAAAUCAGAACGUUAUAAGUAAAAGCUUUAAGGAUUCAAAAUUAAAACUGCUUUUGGCGAACAAAGAAGAAUGCUAUCCUAUAGAGUUCAUGGAAUGCGAAAAGGACAUUCCUGGCCAGAAGUGAGAAUUUGUCAGGUCCAAAAUCAUAGUCGCUUAUGUUGUAUUUUGAGGAAAGCAUUAAAGUUAAAUGUGCAGGCGGAAGCCAUAAAAAAACAUGAGGUUAAACAACAAACUAAGAUUAGAGUAAAACCGGAGGUACCGCCAAAACCAAAGCGAAAGGUGAAAUCAGUGGUUAAAGAAGAACAAGUGGCAAAGUCAGGAAUUGAACCACUACCAGAGAUUGUAAACGAAUCGGUGGCUAUACCAAAUCUUGAGGGUAUAACAAAUGCAGAGGUUAUAGGACAAGCCGAGGAUAGAGCAAAACUAAUGCCGGAAUCAAAAGCAGAGGAUGUUUUACAGAUUAAGCCAGAUGUUAUUUCAGCGGUUAUAGCAAAUCUAAAGGUUAUACCAAAACCAGAGGUUAUGAUACAAGCAGAGCAGACAAAACGUGAGGAUAUACCACAGAAUAAACAAGAGGUUAUAACAAAUCUGAAUGCUCUACUCAAACCAGCGGGUAUUGCAAAACCAGAGGCCAUCGCAAAAGGAAAAAAGAUGCCAACAACUAUGUCCCAGUCAAGACCCGAGGCUAUUUCAAAAACUAAACUAAAGGGUAUAAAAGAGUUUAGGUCAACAAAAAAGGAUAUAGAAAAUCCAUACGUUAAGACCAAACAGGAGGUUAUACCAUUAAAGAAAGUGGAGGUUAAAACACUAGAAAUUGAAUCGCACAUUAAGCCAGAACUGAUGUCACAAAUCAAGUCAGAUGUUAUAAGGCAGACUGAAGAGGAUGUGAUUCCUAAGCUCAAAAAGAGGCCUAAGCAAAAACACCAACCAAACCCAAAAAUGAUGUUCAAAAAAUUAAUCGCUGGGGCUAAAACAAAAGAGGUUAAAGCCAAACUGGAGACCGAGAUGAAGACCGAUUUUCAUGAACACCAUGCCGUCGGAGAUGAAGUGAAGUCAGCUGAUAAUUUGAUCGAGGAGUGGCGACGUUAUUAUGUCAAAUUCCUGAAGGACUUGCAGCAUUACGAACCCCAGGCUAAUCAAACACCAGGCGAUGUGCCCAAAAUAAAACAGGUUAAAACAAAACUGGAGGCCGAGUUGAAGGGCGAUCUUAAUGAGCAGCACUCCAUCGGGAAUGGAUUGGAGUCAGCCGAUGAUUUGAUCAAGGAGUGGCGACGCUAUCAUGCCAGUUUCCUGAGGCAAAGGCAGCGGUACGAACAGAUCUACCGCGAUCGCCUGGAGAUGAUCCGCGAACUGGGUAAAAUUGGCGAGGGAUUGCACCAGAUGCGCCAGGACUUCGCCCGCUGCAACGUUCCCCAUGUUCGCCAUUAAAAAUAAACUAUUUUCGAUGU